AUGUGGGAGCUGGAUUUUCCCUGGAUUUGUGAGCGGAGCGGGCCGGUUAGCGUAGGUGGAGGGAGAUGCUGUGAGGGCAGCGGUGCCCUCAGCGUGAGGGAAGCUGCGCCCAGGCCCUCACAGGAGCGCAGGACGCUUCUGUCUCCUCCUGCGGCACCGACGGACGCUCCCGUACGAACAGCACCGUCCNCGCUCCCGUACGAACAGCACCGUCCCGGCUGUAGCACCGACGGGCGCUCCCGUACGAACAGCACCAUCCCGGCUGCGGCACCGACGGGCGCUCCCGUACGAACAGCACCGUCCCGGGCUCUCCCGGCUGUAGCACCGACGGACGCUCCCGUACGAACAGAACCGUCCCGGGCUCUCCCGGCUGCGGCACUGACGGACGCUCCCGCACGAACAGCACCGUCCCGGCUGCAGCACCGACGGGCGCUCCCGCACGAACAGCACCGUCCCGGGCUCUCCCGGCUGCAGCACCGACGGACGCUCCCGUACGAACAGCACCGUCCCGGACUCUCCCGGCUGCGGCAGCGCCCUGAGCGCGCCUGCGCUCCCCGCGGGAGGACGGGCUGCGCCUGCGCUGGGGCCGCGGCCGGGCCGGCACCGGGGCCAUGUUCGGCGCUGCCGCCGCCCGCCUCAGCCAUGUCCGGCGGGCCGCGCCGUGCGGGCUCAGCCGAGCCGGGCUGGGAGCGGCCGCGGGCCGAUGGCGGUGCGGCUCUGCCUGCCCCGGGGCGGCUGCUGUGGGGCGGCUCCGGAGACAGCUGCUGGCAGCCCGUGGCAGCCCGUGCUCCCCCGCCGACCCGCCCCUUCUGCGCCCUCGACCUCCCGUGUCGGUGGCGAGUGAGGGACCAGCAGCCCGGGCAGGACGUGUGGGCUCGGAGAGACGCUCCAGCGCGGCUGGGAACRCCGGAGCUUGGCUGCAGUGGGCGGGCAGUGCAAAGCAAAUGCCGGAAUGGUUCUAAAAGUUCUGUGCAACAUCCACACUGCUGGCCUCAGGAACAGGAAUCUAGAAGCUGGAAUGAUUCAGAUUCUUUGGUGUUGGAYGAAUAUCAAUGUGGCCAUUUACACCACUGGCUGGAGAGCUCUGCAACACCAGAACAUUCUAGGCCUCUUUCCAGUUGYCCCAGCUGGGAAGGUAGAAUUGAAGAAGGCAAAACACUGAGGACAUCAAAUAAAAAAACGGCAAACUACUCUGGUAACCCAGCUGAAAUGGAAACUGAUGAAGUCGUCCUGAGAAGGAGACAAAAGCAGAUUAAUUUUGGAAAGAAUACCCUUGCAUAUGACAGAUACAUUAAAGAAGUUCCAAGGAAUCAGCGAAUUCCAGGAGUUCAUCCUAGAACUCCCAACAAGUUUAAGAAGUACAGCCGUAGAUCCUGGGACCAGCAGAUCAGGCUGUGGAAGAUAGCACUGCAUGCCUGGGAUCCUCCUACUGAAGAAACCUGGGAUCUGCAGCCAGUGAGUACAGAACUUUCAGGUAGUUCCCAGGAAUGUUUGUGCAAAGAUGAGGAUGUUUCUGGGUCCUUUGUGUUUGACAAAAAGAAGAGAAAUGAAUGUGAAGAUGAAUUCAGGCGGACUGACUACACACCUGAGAGUUCCAGUUCUCCUGAUUCUUCUCCAGUAUGGAAACGCAGAAAAAGAAACAAUUCUGACUCCUCUGUGGUUUCAGAGGGCAAAAACCAUUAUCUGCAGAUGUACCACACACUGGAAAGCCUUACUGACUCAGGACAUCAGGAUGCUUUUUCAAAGUGCUCAGAGUGGGAAGCCUUUGGUGAAAAAGAUGAAGUAAUGACAGUACAACAAAGUAUAGGAAUAACAAGUGACCCAGUUCCCGCCAGUUGUUCUUCAGGAUGGAACAAUCCAAAACAGAAGAAAUCCAGUUUCUGCCUGCCUGAGAGCAAAACUUGCAGAGAUGCAGACUGCAAGCUGGAAAGGCUUAAACUUUGUAGCAGUUUGUGGGAAGGACAUCAGCCAGAAUACCCUGACAGAGGAUGGGGAAGUGCAAAUGCUGAAGAUACAACACUGAGGAAAAAAAUCUAAAUACCAAG